AUAUAUUUAAAAAAAAAAAUCUAUGAAUCAAAAAAAAUACCAAAAGUUUUGUGUCUCUUGAGUCUCCAUGUACUUCCUGUGUUUAUGCCAAUUUAUUCUGGGUUUCCUACCACAUUGCAAAGACAUGCAUGGGUGAAUUAAAGUCUGUAAAAUGUUGUUAUUGUGAGAUUGUGCGCUAUGAUUGAAUGGUAGCCUGUCUAGGGAAUCCCCCGCUUUAUAUCCCAACGCUGACUGAGAUGCAGGCUCACUGCCAUCCUAAACUGAAUAAGUGCCAACCAAAGAUGGAUGGAUCCAUGUCAAAAUGCAUGAUUGUUCUGUAAAUAUGGUAUAUAUAUUUUUUCUCCUAAGAAUUACAGCAAACCACUCCUUGAAUAGUAAUGGCAUGUACCGAUAUUGGAGGACAUUUUUUUCGUUAUAAUACAGUGUGAGUUCUCAAAACACACAUCAGCUUCAUGGCAGGUCCUUCUCAUGCAAAUGUUCUGGCGCCCCCUUGUGGCCGCAGGCUUCGGCUCCUUCGUGGAAAAGACGGUCAUGCCCUUCAUCAGCACCUCUCCGGCCAUGCUGCAGAACCCGUGCUCUCUGCACCAGCAUUGCACCAGCCCCUUCAGCUACAAGAACGUGCUGAGCCUCACCAGCAACGGGACGGAGUUUAACCGGCUGGUGAGCGAGCAGCAGAUCUCCGGCAACCUGGACUCCCCGGAGGGAGGCUUUGACGCCAUGAUGCAGGUGGCUGUCUGUGGGGAACAUAUCGGCUGGAGGAACGUGACGCGCUUGCUGGUCUUCUCCACCGACGCCGGCUUCCACUUCGCUGGAGAUGGCAAGCUGGGCGGCAUCGUGCUGCCCAACGACGGCAAGUGCCACCUGGAGGACAACAUCUACAGCAUGAGCCACUACUACGACUAUCCCUCCAUCGCACAUCUGGUCCAGAAGCUGAGCGAGAACAACAUCCAGACCAUCUUUGCCGUCACUCAGGACUAUCAGCCCAUUUACAAGGAACUGAGGAGCCUCAUUCCCAAAGCUGCAGUGGGGACCUUGUCGUCCAAUUCCAGCAACGUCAUCCAGCUCAUCAUCGACGCUUACAAUUCCUUAUCAUCGGAAGUGAUUCUGGAGAACAGCAAGCUACCAGCUGGUGUGAGCAUGGCAUACAUGUCUCACUGCAAGGAUGGCAUCGCCCGAAGGGGCGAGGAUGGCAGGAAGUGCCUAAAUAUCUCAAUCGGGGACGCGGUGACUUUCACCAUCAGUGUCACAGCACAGGAAUGCUUGAAGGACAACAAGAAGCACUCCAUCAAGAUCAAGCCCCUGGGCUUCAACGAGGAGGUGGAGAUCCUGCUUAGCUUCAUCUGUGAGUGUGCCUGUCAGCAGCACGGCGAGCCCAACAGCCCGCGGUGCCAUGGCGGAAACGGCACGUUCGAAUGUGGGGCCUGCAGGUGCAACGAAGGUCGCAUUGGCCAGCUAUGCGAGUGCAGCACGGACGAGGUUGACACUAAGGAUAUGGACGUCAACUGUCGGCGUAACAAUGGCAGCGAGAUCUGCAGCAACAACGGGGACUGCAUCUGCGGAACGUGCGUGUGUCACAAGAGGCAGAACCCGGAGGAGCGCUACUCGGGGAAGUACUGCGAGUGUGACAACUUCAACUGCGAUCGCUCUGAAAACAAGCUGUGUGGAGGACACGGCCGCUGCGAGUGCCGCGUGUGCAUCUGCGACGCCAACUACACGGGCAGUGCGUGUGACUGCCCGCUGGACACCACGCCCUGUCUGGCCCCCAACCAGCAGAUCUGCAACGGCCGUGGUGUCUGCGAGUGCGGCGUGUGCAAGUGCACCGACGACAGAUACCAGGGGCGGACCUGUGAGAGCUGCCGUACCUGCCCCGAUGUCUGCAUCGAGCACAAGGACUGUGUCGAGUGCAGAGCCUUCGGCACCGGGGAGAAGAAGAAGAACUGCAGUGAGGAGUGUGGAUACUUCGUGCUGGAACUCGUGGACGACCAGAAGUCGUUGCCGGACCCCGAGCAACGCUUCCUCUGCAAGCAGCGGGCGGAAAACGACUGCUGGUUCUACUACAUCUACGAGGUCGUCAACGGCACGCAGGAAAUGGUGUAUGUGGCUAAGAAGCAAGAGUGUCCGGUGGCCCCUGACAUCCUCCCCAUCGUUCUGGGGGUGGUGGUGGGCAUCGUGCUCAUCGGCUUGGCCCUGCUGUUGAUUUGGAAGCUGCUCACAGUCAUCCAUGACCGGCGGGAGUUUGCCAAGUUCGAGAAGGAGAAGUUGAACGCCAAAUGGGACUCGGGCGAGAAUCCCAUCUACAAGAGUGCCGUGACAACCAUCAUCAAUCCCAAAUACGAGGGCAAGUGACGGACCUACUUCCACCGCACGCUAACAGGAGCACUGAGAAGGGCGGGGGGGGGAUUGAUUUACUUGCUUGUCUUUUUGGGGCACAAUACAGUAUGUUACGCAUUCAUAGCCACCCUAACAGUAUGUUUAAAGAAUAUAUUUUUAAUGCAUCAGUUGUGUGUUGUACAAUAUGUGUAAAUUGGACAUUUUUCAAGGGUAUCGUACCUUGGACUGUCUUAUGACCCAAGAGUGACUGCGGCUAAAGUUAUGGGCUAAUCUGAAAGCCGAUGGUUCUUGGAUGCUUCCUGUACCAUUUGGGGCCAUGCUGUUGGACCCUCGAGUGAGGCACCUACCCUAAAGCACUUCAUUAAAAUGCCCAGCUAGGUAAAUAGGUUAAAUCAUAAGUGAGGUGUAUUCUAAGAUUGCUCCAGUGUGAUAAGCAUGCUGGCUAAAUCCUACCCCCCCCCCCCUCCACAAUGCCAGUGCAUUAACAGGGUGAAACAUUGUGGCUUCAUGGUGAAUAAACCAUCUCGGGCCUUUUCCAGAACCACAAAACGUACAGGGAACCAACUGAUUGGCCGUCAGUGUCAGUGAGCUUUACCUGGGAUCCUGAAAGCUUUAACAAUGCUGACAUGUUACUCGCUUUCCAUUAGAGUGCCCAGGACACGUCAGUGUUUCUGCUCUGUGAACAGCGGCUUUUAAAUACCUCGAUAUCACCUCUGUGCCUGUAACUGCAUUCUCCACAGUCUUGGUUCUAAAGACCUCCUUUUUUCCUGCCUGGUGUCCUCUGUGUUCACCUUUUCCAACCUGUUUCCGAAGUUAUUUAUUAAAUAAAGCACCAGCGUGACUCA